AUGAAUAAAUUUGCAUCUGGAAUUUUCAUCACUCUGAGAGGUUAUCAUGGUAAAGGACGAGGCAGACGUCGAGAGAAUAGAUUCAGGAAGACAAAUCCGGCGGUGACUGAGCAGCAACUUUAUCCUGAUGUUGAUGAGUAUGACCAGCCAAAUGAGCAUGACUUUGACGAUGUGGAGAAAGAUGAGGCUAAUUUCAUGGCGGCCAAUCGAGCAUACACGGAACACAUGAGAGAGAAAUAUCAUGAGAAGGAAAAAGUAAAAGUCCAAAUAAUUGCGAGAAAAUACUUCAAACCCGAUGACCCAAACUUCAUCACGUGGACUGAAAAAAUGCAAAUUAAAUCACUCUAUGCUAAAGAUCCCGUAGAGUGGUCGCCGGAAAGGCUCAGUGAAUCCUUUCCAGCACUUCCGGAUACCAUCCGCAGAAUUCUUCGUGCAAAUUGGCAGCCAAAGAACGCUCAAACUGUCGUCAACUACGACACAAAGGUCAUCGAAAACUGGAACAAAUUCAAAUCGGGAAAUAUAGCUGUCAGUUCGAAACUCGAGGCACAUCUCCAGCAAUUCAAGGGUCGGAAAAUCGAAGUUGCAGAUUUGGAAACAAUUGCUGAGAAAUUCGUGCGGCCAAAGCCAGUAUUCCCCGAGCCCAAAGCCACAUUAUUCAAAUCCAUCGUUCAAGAUUUCAUCCAACCCCUGACAACGACAAAGGACAUUCCCAAAAUUUCUGAUGGAAAUGAAAAUCGAAAGCUCGACUUUUCGAAACUCAACGUUAGGAAAAGUAGAAUGAAUUUUGAUACAUUUGUAAAAACAACUGUUGAAAAAAUUGAUAGUACUGAUAAUUUGAGUUUGGAGGUUCAGUUACUGGUGGGCGAGUAUAAGAAGAAAAAAGACGAGGAGACUUUGGAAAUCUCUGAUAUCGCAGGGGCAGAGGUUGAAGGAAUAACAGUCAACAAUAGAAACGAACGGACCCCCUUUGAAGUUAAAGAAGAUGAAAAAAUCACAAUGCAGGGGAGAAAUAUUUUUAGUGAGGGAGAAUUAUUGGGUGAAUUAUUUAACAAAAGAAAUAGAAAGAUACUAGAGGGCAGAAAGGAACAAAAGAAGGAUGGAAAAAUGGUAAUGGUGAAUAAUAGUUUUCAAAGAAUAUCGAGUAUGACAGCAAAAUUCACUACAGAUGGAGCAGACAAAGAAAAAAAUGUCGAAAUGAGAGAAGAAAACCGUCCGGAAUCUCGACUAGACCUGAAGACUGAAGAAUCUAAAGGGGUGGAAGAGAUAAAACGGGAUAAAAUUAUCCAUAUCGAUGUACCCAAACUGAAUUUAGAACAGGAUAGCUUAGCGACUGGAAUCAUCGAGUGGAAGAAGAAGGAAGUCAGUGGUCUGGAGGAUUAUCCCCAAUUCAUUAAAAUCCCGAAGCACAAGACAAUGAAGCAGAUAACUUUCAAGGUGCAGGAUUGUUAUUAUGAUUGUGAUGGUGAAUUUUUGUACAGAGUUCCUGGUUUGAAGCCGGUGUAGAAUUUUCUUUUUUUUUAUAAAAAUGUACGUAACUUAAUAGCAAUCUCAUUUUAUUGAAUUUUCCUCUUAUUGAAAUAAAGAAUAUACAUGGGGGCGAUUAUUCUAACUUA